AUGGAGGUUGUUUCCGUAACGUGGCGGUCAUGGAGUAGAACCCUGCGAAUCCCCUCGACUCGUGUCCUCGGCCAAAGCCAAGCUCUGCCGCAGGCGCGUCUCGCGAAACCGCAGGGUUGGAGAAAAAGUUCGUCGUGGAGCGGCGGCCAGCAACAAAACGAUCGCAGCCGCGCCAAAUCGGGAUGGAGUCGCAAGCGCCUGCUUCUCGCCUCGGGAGGCGCCGCAACCGGAGCAACUGUUCUCGCCUUUACGGACGAUAUCAAGACGAGCUAUGAAACCGUGGAGAGGUCUGGGAGGGUGGCGGUUGCCCUUGGGCGCACCUUGAAGGUGCUCGAGAAAAAUGGCGGCAUUUUUAUCAAGCUUGGCCAGCACUUGAGUGCUAUGAAUUACCUCCUUCCCUCCGAAUGGACCACGACCUUUAUCCCCCUACAAGACAAGUGCCCCGUCUCGUCCUUCGAAUCGGUAAAGCGAAUGUUCAAACAAGAUACUGGCCGCGACAUUGAGGAUUACUUUUCAAGCUUUGACGAGAACCCCAUUGGUGCUGCCUCACUCGCCCAGGUCCAUCUCGCGGUCGUAAAAGAGACUGGCCAGCAGGUCGCCGUCAAAGUCCAACACCCCGGCCUCGCGCAAUGGGCACCUCUCGACCUUUCCUUGACGAGAUAUACUUUUGCGACGCUCAAGAAGUUCUUCCCCGAAUACGAUCUCGAAUGGCUUUCACGGGAGAUGGAUAUCUCGCUUCCCAAGGAGCUUGAUUUUCGCGAGGAAGAAGAGAAUGCCAGACGGACCAGAGACCACUUUGCAAAGCUCCGCGGACUUCCUCUCGUGAUCCCCAACGUUCUAUGGUCUGAUAAGCGCAUUCUGGUCAUGGCGAACGAAUCCGGCCGUCGCCUCGACGAUCUCGAGUAUCUCGACUCGAGCGGCAUCGACCGCGACGAAGUCUCCGCCGCCCUCUCCCACAUCUUCAAUGAGAUGAUCUUUGGCGACGGCGCGCCUCUGCACUGCGACCCCCACGGCGGUAACCUGGCGAUUCGCAAGAACACCCGCCGCCGGGGCUAUAAUUUUGACAUUAUCCUCUAUGACCACGGCCUCUACCGAGACAUCGACCUUUCCCUCCGCCGCUCGUAUGCCAAGAUGUGGCUCGCCGUCAUCGACGGCGACAUGGACGCCAUGCGCAAGUACGCCGGUGAGGUAGCCAACAUCGGCGACAAGGAAUUCCCCCUCUUUGCCUCUGCCAUCACGGGCCGCGACUACACCGUUGUCAGCUCCUCCAUCCUCAAGAACCGCUCCGGGGACGAGAAGAAGACCAUGACAACCGCUCUGCAGGAAGGCCUCCUCGCCGACCUCGUCCAGCUUCUCGGUCGCGUUCCGCGCAUCAUCCUCCUCAUCCUCAAGACCAAUGACUUGACGAGAAACCUAGACGAGAACCUCCACACCCGCCAAGGCCCCGUGCGCACCUUCCUUAUCCUCGCCAGGUACUGCGCCAAAACCGUUUUCUACGAAAAGGUCGAGCAGGUCUCCGAACGAGGGUCCUGGUUAUGGCCCCUCAAUGCCGCCAAGUUGGUCAUUGCCUGGUUGAGCUUUGUCAGAGUGGAGGUGAAGCUCGGCGUUUUUGAGACGUGGCUGCGUUUAAAACGGCUGGCUGGGGUGAGCACGCCAAUAGGCUUUGGGAUGUAA